UGUAAUUAAAGUGUUUGGGUGCAGCUUCGUGUUGAACUGCCUCACCCAUCAUCAUCAUCAUCACUAGUGUGAGAUCAUCCAGACAAACACGAAAUCCCUCAUUUCCCUUUACCACGGAGGAAUGCUACACAUUAAAACGGUUCAGCACAUGCUAGAGUGCCCACGCCCACAUCUCAACAUCCAAUCAACGACCGGUGGAUAGAACCAAGUCCUGCCUUUUUCGAUAACCAUUAAAAUGGAAUCGGAUCUGGUCAGGGAGAGUUGUCAUUCUUCCAGGCUCUGCAGGAAUAGCACAUUUGUGUGCAUAAAGCAGGGAAAAUGAGUACGGGGAAGCCGAGUGGUCUCAAACCACCCACCAAGAUUGGUAAACCAGCUGCGACGCCAACCAAAACCUCGCCCACCUCAGCUGGCGCCAAGGCUGUAACAUCCCCAACCUCUAAUACGGCCCAAGAUGCUGCGUCAGAUUUCUCUGUUGGCGAACGAGUUUGGGUCAAUGGAAAUAAACCGGGUUAUGUGCAGUUCAUCGGAGGGACCCAGUUUGCACCGGGCCAAUGGGCGGGAAUAGUUCUAGACGAGCCCAUCGGGAAGAACGAUGGCUCUGUGGCCGGAGUGCGCUACUUCCAGUGUGAGGACUUGAGAGGUAUAUUUACUCGGCCCUCCAAACUGUCCCGCACUCCCGUACCAGAGCGUGAGGCCAAUGGCACACAGACGCCCACCAACAAGACAUCCACCUCCCCUGCCAAAGAUCCCGUUCCUGUCACUCAAACCAUUAGUGCAACCACCAAGACCUCAACAAACCUAACCAGGGCCGCCAGCGAGUCUGCAUCCAAUCUGUCUGAGACAGAUUCGGCCAAGAAGUUGCAGCGGGAACUGAAGUUGGGUGAUCGUGUUCUGGUUGGUGGAACCAAGGCAGGUGUUGUGCGUUUCCUGGGCGAAACUGACUUUGCGAAAGGUGAUUGGUGCGGUGUUGAGUUGGAUGAGCCUCUUGGCAAGAAUGAUGGGGCAGUGGCUGGUGCAAGAUACUUCCAGUGCCUACCAAAGUAUGGACUGUUCGCUCCUACUCACAAAGUCACCCGCAUUGGAUUCCCGUCCACCACUCCUGCUAAAUCCAAAUCCUCCAGGCGCAGGUCAACCCUAAAGAACAGCCCCAGCGCGUCCUCCAUCAGCUCCCUCAGCUCUGUCACCUCCUCAGUUGGAGGCAAACCCAGCCGAGCAGGCCUGCUCACAGAGACGUCGGCUCGGUACGCACGGAAGAUCUCAGGCACCACGGCCCUGCAGGAGGCCCUGAAGGAGAAGCAGCAGCACAUCGAGCAGCUCCUGGCCGAGCGGGACCUGGAGAGGACGGAAGUGGCACGAGCCACAAGUCAUGCCGGAGAGGUGCAGCAAGAGCUGGCGCUGCUCAGACAGGGCCAGGAACAGUAUGCUGUGGAGAUGGAAGCCAAGUUGGACCAGUUGCGGAGACUCGUGGAGACUGCAGACAGAGAUAAAGUGGAGCUGAUGAAUCAACUGGAAGAGGAAAAAAGAAAAGUGGAGGACCUGCAGUUCCGUGUAGAGGAAGCUUGCAUUACCAAAGGUGACCUAGAGACGCAGACCAAAAUGGAGCAUGCCCACAUUAAGGAGCUCGAACAGAGUCUUCUCUUUGAAAAGACCAAAGCAGAUAAACUCCAGAGGGAGUUAGAGGACACUAGGGUUGCCACAGUGUCCGAGCGCUCCAGAAUCAUGGAGCUGGAAAAGGAGGUGUCCGAUUUGCAUCUUCAGCUGAGAACUCUCCGGGCUGAGACCGCGGGAUCAGCCUCACCUCCAUUACAAGACAAAAAGAUCAAGGAGCUGAACUUUGAAUUGGAAAACAGACAGAAGGAAGUGCUCAUAUUCCAGCAGAAACUCGCCUCCUCUGAACAGGAGAAAACAUCCCUCCAGCAGCAGCUGCAAGAUCUGAAGCAGAAACUUGACACAGCAGUGGAGGACAAUAAUAAAGCAACACUAGCCAUGCAAGAAACGGAAAGGAACAUUAAAAUGCAGAGAGAGAAGCUGGAUCAGGUGUCCAGGGAGAAGGAGGACCUGCAGAGGGAUGUGGCCAUCCGGCAGCAGCAGGAACAGGCGAAGGGUGAAGAGAGAGAGCUUCAGAUGAAGAAGCUGAAGGAGAAGUUGGGCCGAGCAGAAGGAGAGCUGAAAAAAAUCACAGAGAGAAGCGCUGAGCUGGAACAGCAGGUGGUGGAACUGAAAGCCUUCAAAGACCAAACCCAGAGUUUACAGUCUGAUGAAAAGCUGGAGCAGAUGACAGAGAGGAAUAAGAAGUUGCAGGAGGAGCUUGAGGCCCUGAAGCAGCAGAACUCUCAGUAUCAGGAGCAGCUGAGUUCAGAAACGCAGAGCAUCGACAGCCUCCGCAAAGAAAUUGAGGUGCUAAAACUGUCAGCCAAUCAGAAGUCUCAGAAGCAGGUGUCACUCCAGGACGAGAAAGGGACGUUGGCUCAGGAGUUGGACGUCCACACACAGCAGAAGCUUGGCAGCGAAGCUCUGACUAGCCCGCUGGAGAUUACAGAGAGUGAGAACUCCAAUGCAAUGAUGUCUGAUAAAGACAAAGAGCUAGAGACACUACGAAAUGAGAUUGCAGUGCUUCGUGUGGAAAAUGCCAUGGCCAAGACACUCCAGUCAGCUGUGACGUCUCUAGAGAGGGACAAAGCCCAGCUGCAGAGCCGAGUGAACAGCCUGGAGCAAAAGCUGGAGGUCCGGCAGACGGGGAAUGGAGAGGAAGUCAGUUCAGGUGAUGCUGCUAUAGACCAACUGAGAGAAGAGAAAGAGUUUGCUGAGGGACAGAUCAACUUCCUGAACUCAGUCAUUGUGGACCUCCAGAGGAAGAAUGAAGAACUAAAGGUGAAGCUGAAGAAAAUGGCAUUGACCGAGUUCAACGGAAAUUAUGAAAAUGAAGGUCUUGGUGAGGUCAAAAAGAAGAAGAAAGCCCCACCACGCGUUUUCUGCGACAUCUGUGACAGCUUUGACCUGCACGACACGGAGGACUGUCCCACUCAAACGCAAUCCCCAGACUCGCCUCCACACACCACAUACCACGGGAGCCGCAGCGGCGAACGACCAUACUGCGACAUCUGUGAAGCGUUCGGUCACUGGACAGACUCUUGCAACGAUGACCAAACCUUCUGAACUUCCCCUCAACCCCUCGGCCUAUGAGCAGGCUAUGCACAGUUUGCUUUCAACCAGAUUAUACGCUAUUUUUGUACACGGCAUAUAUACAUUCGAACCUCUUGUACAUUCCCUAAAUGAAUCCGCCCAAAUGAAAGCUAAGGUAUGCUGCAUUUAUGGAAAUGUAAUGUUAUGAAGGCGAGAGAUAUUUCUGUUAUCAACACUGUUUUGUGUGUUUCAUACGUUUUUCACUGUCCUGUGUUGAUUUAUCUAAUGAUGAAUUACCAGCAAGAAAAUUGGGAACGGUUUAGCGAUACUUUGCAGUGUAUUUAAAGCUGCUGUGUGUAAUUUCUAUUGGCACAAAAUGGAAUUGCAAAAAUAAUGACUGUUUCCAAACAGGUUUUCCUCUCUCUACUAUUGUAGCUCCACCCCAAAGUCAACCUAUUGGUUGAGUCAGAAGCUGACAUUUCAGGGCGCUCAAACAAACAGCAAUCUUUUGAAAGCUCCACAAAUCUGUAGCCUGUGUUUGGAUUGGUAUACUAGCACACUGCGUACUGCACACUAGUCGGUAUACACUGAAUACUGCCCACUAUUUUUUAGAUAGCAUGUGAAAUGGUACGCAUUAUGCAACAAUAAAAAUUAAGCUAAAUUUUGUAAAAAAUUAUAGUGGAUUUUAAUUUCAGCUUAUUCGUUACUCAUGUUGAAUCGACUCGUGUCGAGCACAUUGCAUUAUGGGAUCUGAUUGUAUACUGCACAUUUUCACCCAGGUAUUCUAUGCAUACAGAAAUUAUGCAUACUAUGCACAGUAUACAUACUGUAGUAUGUAGUAUGCUGUUCCGAACACAGCCACAGUUGUUGCACUAUUCAGUAAUUCGCCCUACGAAUGGUUUUCUUACAGUUGUCUGUGCAUAUUAAACCAGGAUAGAAGAUUUUAAUGAAGUUAUUUUAAUGAAACAAAAUUACACACUUCAGCUUGAAGAACUCGUAACGGACUGUAAAACAGUACAA